CUUUGAUCAUGUUCUUUCAAUUCUAGAGAGAGAAAGAGAGAGAGAGAGAGAGGGGAUAUAUGUCUCCAGUGGUGCUGGCAGAAAGAAAACUGAUAGAAAAAAAAGCCCCCACUUUCUUCACCAUCACUCCACAUUUCAUCAGUUCCCAAACUCAAGUUUGAUAAUUUUCCAAGCUUCACUUCCUCUCUUCCAUCUGAGAGAUUAAUCACCUCAAACUAAAUAGUCUUUUCUUCAUCUGUCUGCUUUCUCAUCUGUCGCUUCUCAUGUAUGUAUUGAGACCAGAGGGAAAUCCAUUAGACCUCAAUAACUUACCCGAAGAUUACACUAAAGAUGGUAUACAGGGCUCAGAGGACAGCUCCUCGUCUGCUGGAGGCUACAGGAAAAAGAAAAGCGGCGCUAAGGAGGGAAAAGAUGAGGCCGGGAAGGUCUACGAGUGCAGGUUUUGUUCCCUCAAGUUCUGCAAGUCUCAAGCCCUUGGGGGACACAUGAACCGCCACCGUCAAGAGAGGGAGACAGAAACCUUGAACAAGGCUCGUCAACUGGUCUUCACUAACGAUUUGGCUCCUGCUCACCUAGGUUAUGUUUCAAGCAGCGGCCAACCAAUUCCACAUGGAGGGUAUCAUCAAGUAAGCAGCAAUAUGUGCCCUACAAGGAUGUUUUCCACUUCUCCACUCAUUCCAUCCCCGCCACCGCCGUCGGCAACGUACAUGUACCCUUCUCCGCCUCAUGUACUCUCAUUUUCACAACACCCGGCAGCACCAUCCGUUAACGAGUACUUUCUUGGCCAUGUCCUGUCCAAUUCUAGCUACGGAGCAGCCCCAAAUGAAGGUAACUACACCUGCAUUGGUGCACCGGUGAACUGUGGAAGCGGUAGGGUCUUCGGAGGUGGCGGAGAUGGCGGUGGUGUUAGAGACGUGGCGCUGGAGAAUCCUGUAGAGGGAUUUAAUUGGAGCCGAAGGUAAAAAGCGACAAUAUUGCAACAUAUAGAUGGGAUUCCGCGUGGGUUUCUUGAUGGAUUCUCCAUAUUUGUUUUGUUUUGGUUGUGUUUUUUCUUGGUGAGUGAGAGUGAAAGUGUUAAAUGCUGGUAUGACACGACACUCUCACUGAAAGAGAAACAAGAAUCCGAACAAACUGACAAAUGUAGAUUGCAAGAAGAGAAGUUUUGGUUUUUCUACAGGUUUGUGAACAGACUUUUGAGCUCACACAUUCACAUCUGAGCAAGCAAGGACUGGAGGGCCGUGUGGUUAAUUCCAUUUUCAUUAUUAUCAUUAUUAUUAUUACAAAGUAGCCAAACCCUCUCAACAGUUUUGUCCAUAUCUAGGGAUUAGAUGUUAUAAGUUUUGUUUUCCAAUAUUGUUUUCUCUUUCGAACAUGGUCAUCUUGUAGUUGAAACAUAUAUGUUUGUUUUCGGCUGUUCUGUUGGUGAAAGGAGUU